AUGGAGCCAUUAUAUGAGGAAUACCUAGCAAGUCGUGGAACCAUAGUAAAACCUUAUUACUGGCUAAGCUUCUCUCUAGAUUGCUCAAAUUGUCCUUACCACAUUCGGACAGGCGAAGAAGCAAGAGUUUCCUACACAGAAUUUUAUCAGGUUUUUGGAUUCCCUUAUGGACCACCCUAUCCUCAAACAAGACACCUCACAUUUUAUGAACUGAAAACGUCUACUGGGAGCCUGGUGCAAAAGGGCCAUGCGAGCAGUUGCACUACGAAUAACACCCAUCCAGAAUCAAUGCUGUUUGAGACGAAUGGUUAUUUUGACUGGGCCAUAUACAAUAACAACGGCAUCCGGCACAUCAUUCUGUAUUCCACCCACUCCCCUUGCAAUGAAGCUGACCACUGCUGCAUCAGCAAGAUGUACAGUUUCCUGACAACAUACCCAGAUGUCACUCUUAGUAUCUACUUCUCUCAGCUCUAUCACACUGACCCCGAUUUCCCUGCCUCGGCCUGGAACCGUGAAGCUCUCCGGAGCCUAGCUAGUCUCUGGCCGAAGGUCACUUUGAGCCCAAUAAGUGGUGGGAUCUGGCAUUUUCUCCUCAAUAGCUUUGUGAGCGGUGUCUUGGGAUCAACUGCUUCCCAGCCCAUCUUGACUGGGAGAGCACUGGCGGACAGGCACAAUGCGUAUGAAAUCAAUGCCAUCACAGGCGUGAAACCUUACUUCACGGAUGUCCUCCCCCGGGCAAGAGAGGAUCCGAAUGUAACAGCUCAGGCGGCCUUGGAAAGCUACUCUUUCAUCAGUGCCUUUUCUGGACAGUCUCCUCAAGUGGCAAGUAGGGAAUCACAGGCCAAUCUGGCACCAGACCUCAGGGUUCCUGUCGUGUUUGUGCUGGUGCCUUUCAGAGACCUCCCACCAAUCCAUGUGGGUCAAAGCCCAUAUAAACCCAGGAAUAUUGUACGGCAUUUAAAUAUGCCUCCGAUGACAUCAUCCCAGGAAGCCAAGGCUCUCAGAAGGCUUCCCAUGGCAAUGCCAGUGGAGACGAUGGCAAUCACAGAACAGUCUGGAAGCAGCAGCAAGGCAGAUGAGAAGAAGAAGAAAAAGAAAGGGAAGAAAUAA